CCUCAAAGGGUAAAAAUGGUAUUGUUGAUUUACAUUCAAACCCCAGAGAAAAGCUUCAACCUUAGGCAUUUCUGGAUUCCAUAUUACCAGCACUCGCUUAACAGCUGCCAUCACAAACCUCCCUUCUCCAUCAUGCACCACCAAACCAAACUCUGUCCCUCCUUCCUGCAAUACACUUGCAUUGACAUUCGCUUUAUAUAUUUUGUCGCCGGUCUCUUCCAUAUGGAACUUCGAUUGAACAUCUUACGCGUCUAGUCUAGUUCAUGAUUCUUUCAAUACCUUGUCAGGUAAUUCUGGGACCUCUCAAUCAUCUCCCAAUCUUUAUGUUUUUAUUGUUGUAUUAAUGAUUGUUGCAUUACUUCCAAAAAAAAUCAUACUACGAUUAGGAAUUCAUAUAGCUCUUCCUCCGGAGAUUUAUCUAGUAGUUCACACAACCAAGCUGCACAACUACGAACUUCCCCCACUUCAAACAGUUUUCUUAGAAAGCUAGGUCUCUAGAUUCACCCCGCCUAGUCACAAUCUCUUGGUAUAUGUUCAUGUGUCUGGCUUCUGGUAUAUGCUUUGCCAAAUUCAUUCCCUUUUGGUAUAUGCUUCAUGAUGACUCGGUAUUUGCACAUGUUUUCCCCUUUGUUUCUUGAUUGUUUGAGCUUGAAUUAUUGCGUCUUUGGCCUAUUUUAUGCUAGGUUGUGCUCCUUUGUCCCAUUUCAGGUCCUAGCACAUAAAGUGAAGCAUAGGCGCAAGUUUCAAGUCAAUCAGAGAUCAAUUGACGAUUCGAGAGAAGAAACUCGGGCAUGACCUGAAGAAGAAUGGAUUUCUACCUCACUUUAUGGACAAAGAAUCAUGCAAGCUUGUUAUGAAACGAAAGAGGACGAGACUACGAGCGUCUGGGAUCAAACGGCGAUUGAUUCGGAGUCCGGACGAGGGAGAAACGAAGCAUUAAACAGAGGCUGAGCAAGCUGCACGGGCAGACCAGCGUGGCCACGCACGGCCGUGCAAUUGACCAGUUUGGCCGUGCGGGAUCGUGCGUGGGCACGCACGGGAUUGUGCGUGGCCACGCACGGCCGUGCAAGUGACCAGUUUGGCCGUGCGAGUUGGCUGAGGUUCAACUAAUUGAUACGCCGCGUUUUGAGGUGCACGGCCAGAUUGGUGAUGUGCACGGCCGUGCACCCUGGCCGUGCGAGUCGGGAAUGGCUGUUUUUAACCCAAAUUCGAGCCAAAGGAGAGGGGGAGCGGGGUUUUGGAUCCCAAACACCCAAGGGACGAACCCUAGAGAGAGAGGGCGAUUUGAGGGCAUUCUUGGAGUAGAGAAGGAGGAUUUCUUCGCCUUGAAAGCUCGAGGAACAAGCCCGGACUUGAAGACUGAUCAUCUGAAGAUUCUUACUGCAGUCUCUCUCUUCUCUAUGGAGUAACUUCCCUUCACUUAGGUUUUGAGAAACCCUAGCUAUGUUUGUUUGAUUGGAUGAUUGUAUGAGUACUCUGACUUGAUAAUCUUGAGUUCAUAUUCAAUCUAUGCAUGUUUUCAUGAUUCAAUUCUGCUUUAGUCGAGAUUAUUGAUUCUGCUUUGAUUCUAUGAGAGGGAAUACCUGAUUAGGUCAAUAGAGCACCAUAGAUUGAUAGUAGUGGAUCGAUUGCUUUAGUCGAGGGUUGAUUCACUGCUUUGUAUCGAUUGAGAACCUCUUUCGAUAGAGGGAGUCUAGUUCAGAACGCCUUGAUCAGUUGUUCUAGAGAAGGAUACGUCCCUCUAGGCAAUUGACUCAAGAGGGCCUUGUUCCUUUAGUCGAGACUCAAGGUCUACUCAAGGAUUCUCCGCAUUGUGAAUGAAAGUGAAACAAGUUGGAAAUCAUCAAUCGUUAGUCUGGCUAGUGGCUAGGGGGAAUCAUACCUAAGUGAGUUCCCAACCUGUAAUUAGAUUAACUUUAACUGUAGUUUGCUAGAGUAGUUUUAGUUCUUUCAUCUUAAUCUGAUUUGCUAAAUAAUAAACUGAAGCUGAGUAAUAGUAACUCUAGAGACCCGUGGAUUCGAUAUUUAUCACUUGAGCCACUAUACUGCAGUCCCUUCCAUUGGUUACACUUGGCCUUUGUUAGGUGUUGUGUUUUAGAGCAUCAAGUUUUUGGCGCCGUUGCCGGGGACUUUCUAUAGUAUUAGGAAAGGCAGAAGUUUGUUACUUUAGCGUUUUUCGUUUCUUUUCUUUUCCACCCUUGCUUUUCACUUGGGUGUUUUUGUUUUUGUUGGUGCAGAUCUGAAUCAUGGAUCCUAAUGGCUUCUCCAAUCAUUGGGGGUAUCCACCACCAUCUGGGUGGUAUUACCCCGAGACUCCGUGGAGCAAUCAAGGCGGAGAAGACUAUGGAUUAGGGUUCCAGUACCAACCCCCUUACUACGGAGAACAACCGGACCCCUGGGCAUAUCAAGAACAACCUCAUUAUCAAGAAGGAUUUCUCCCACAACCAGAAGGGCCAUCGGCACUGGAGUUACUCAUGGAGCAGUAUGCUCGAGACUGUGAGAGAACAUGCUCCAGGAUGGAUCAGUGUGUCCAGGCCUAUCGUGAAACAGAUGAGAUCCUCCUGAGCCUUAAGAAGAGCGUCGAUGAUCUUGAGCGAUCUUGGGCGCAACCUGCUCCAGAUCACCCUUCUGCUACCAUACAAGAAGAGGAGGAGGAAGAAGAAGGCUACAAGGGCAUUGUGGAGCACACUGAAGUUGUCACGGAGAGCUCCCGUGAUGAUCAUGAUCAGGAGUGUCCUGUCGUAGCCGACCACACCUUCCCACACCCCAAACUGAGCUUUGAAGAGGCGGGCAUGAGUGAGGAGAUGCAAGAAGAUCUCAUGAAAGAAAUUGCUUGGCAACUUGCUCUCCAAUCCGUGCUAGAAGAAGAAGAGCAAGAAAGGGUGCAGAAAGAAGUUGUGGAGGAUGACGAAAGUGAAGCAGGAGGAGUUCUUGAUCAUUUCCCAGGGGUGAUACCACAUGAAGAAGGAAGGGAGGUUGAAGAAGCAAUUGGCGUCCAGGCUGAGGACGAAGUUGAGGUGGAAGAGGCUUGCACCGGCCAUGAGUUACAUGUGAUAUCUCCACUAAACUUCGAGGAACUGCUUAGCAAGGACCCAUUUGCAGUGUCUCUUUGCCAGACCAAGGCCACCUCGACAUCGGUCCCUCUUGGUGGACGUGAUGGUGGCCAAUCGAUGCUGUCAUAUCUGGUUUGGGGCAAUGAGACGAGAGAAGAGAAGAAGAGGUCUCGAGGGUGGAGACUUCAUCUGCAUCAAGUACAUGAGCCUUCAUCACCUGCCACACCACAUGCUCAUGACUUGAGACUCCACCUCAUCGACGAGAACCUCAACUUCAAGGAGGUUCUAGCAUGGACCGAACCUUAGGAGCCAUCGUCCGGCUCACGACGUGAAAGAAGCGCUUGUUGGGAGGCAACCCAACCAGUCGGUUUGCAUUUCUUUCUCUAUUUCUCUUCGGUGGAGUCAGUUUUGUUCUUUGAUUUUAGAGUCAAUAACUCAACCUUUGUGAGAUUUUGUGUGGUGUUUGUGUUCUGAUUACUCUCUCUUUCUGGAAUGCACCGCCUGACCCGUUCAUCAUCAUUCACCCUUGAUCUGGUAACUUCGUUCUACCCUCCUUAUCUUUCCUCCAUUGAGGACAAUGUCGUGCUUAAGUGUGGGGGGAUGUUCGAUUAUGUAUGCGGGUGAAUGUUUGGCUGUUUGUGUGCUUGGAGCCUAGUCCACUGUCCAAAUUUUUAAAUUUGAGGGCUCCAAGUACGUGUUCCAUGCAAUUGCCUGCUCAGUAUGCUUUGAAUUGACAGUCUUUACAGUAAUAUGCAACCUAGGGAGGUAGUGUAGCACUAUGGAGGAUGUUGAUGCAUUUACGAAGUCUCAUUUCUUCUUCAUAUUGAGUUGGUUGAUUGAGUGAAUUAGUGAUCUUAGGACCCUUGAAUUGUGUGGUGUUGUGGAUUCUCUACCUGUCAUGGACUCUUGUAUCAUGUUUUGAGUUUAACAGGUGCUCGAAAAUGUGCUUCAAAAUAACGUCUCCCGUGCGAAUAGGGCGAAAGUGUGUAAGGGGAGACGGGAAUUCGUUCCCAAUUUCCACCUACUACCUCCAGCCCCCUUACAUGUCUUUCCCCCGCACGAGGCUCGAGACAUCCGCUCCUGGCAUGGCCGGUAAGAGCAGGUUGGGACCCUUGAAAAAGAAAAGAAAAGAAAAAUAUCAGAAAACAAGCAAAACAAAAAAAAAGGGGUCUCAACCAUCUUCAAGAAGCAGAAAAUAGAGCACCUUGAAAAAUGUGAGUCCAUGAUCUGUUGUUUUUGAGAAUCUCCUCAUCCACAAUUCAUUUGUCCUCUGUUCACUAUUUGCCAUGAUGCCGACUCGCCGAAGAAGUUAUGAGAUGACUUGUGCGUCGGUUGACCUCGUAAGCUGCUAAAUGAUCUAGGAAGUCCUCUACCUACGAUCUGGGUUGUUUGUUGCUAUAGAGGUCUGGAGAGUUGCAUUGGUUUGAGUUAGGUUUGCUUGGGGACAAGCAAACAGUUAAGUGUGGGGGGAUUUGAUGACUCGGUAUUUGCACAUGUUUUCCCCUUUGUUUCUUGAUUGUUUGAGCUUGAAUUAUUGCGUCUUUGGCCUAUUUUAUGCUAGGUUGUGCUCCUUUGUCCCAUUUCAGGUCCUAGCACAUAAAGUGAAGCAUAGGCGCAAGUUUCAAGUCAAUCAGAGAUCAAUUGACGAUUCGAGAGAAGAAACUCGGGCAUGACCUGAAGAAGAAUGGAUUUCUACCUCACUUUAUGGACAAAGAAUCAUGCAAGCUUGUUAUGAAACGAAAGAGGACGAGACUACGAGCGUCUGGGAUCAAACGGCGAUUGAUUCGGAGUCCGGACGAGGGAGAAACGAAGCAUUAAACAGAGGCUGAGCAAGCUGCACGGGCAGACCAGCGUGGCCACGCACGGCCGUGCAAUUGACCAGUUUGGCCGUGCGGGAUCGUGCGUGGGCACGCACGGGAUUGUGCGUGGCCACGCACGGCCGUGCAAGUGACCAGUUUGGCCGUGCGAGUUGGCUGAGGUUCAACUAAUUGAUACGCCGCGUUUUGAGGUGCACGGCCAGAUUGGUGAUGUGCACGGCCGUGCACCCUGGCCGUGCGAGUCGGGAAUGGCUGUUUUUAACCCAAAUUCGAGCCAAAGGAGAGGGGGAGCGGGGUUUUGGAUCCCAAACACCCAAGGGACGAACCCUAGAGAGAGAGGGCGAUUUGAGGGCAUUCUUGGAGUAGAGAAGGAGGAUUUCUUCGCCUUGAAAGCUCGAGGAACAAGCCCGGACUUGAAGACUGAUCAUCUGAAGAUUCUUACUGCAGUCUCUCUCUUCUCUAUGGAGUAACUUCCCUUCACUUAGGUUUUGAGAAACCCUAGCUAUGUUUGUUUGAUUGGAUGAUUGUAUGAGUACUCUGACUUGAUAAUCUUGAGUUCAUAUUCAAUCUAUGCAUGUUUUCAUGAUUCAAUUCUGCUUUAGUCGAGAUUAUUGAUUCUGCUUUGAUUCUAUGAGAGGGAAUACCUGAUUAGGUCAAUAGAGCACCAUAGAUUGAUAGUAGUGGAUCGAUUGCUUUAGUCGAGGGUUGAUUCACUGCUUUGUAUCGAUUGAGAACCUCUUUCGAUAGAGGGAGUCUAGUUCAGAACGCAUUGAUCAGUUGUUCUAGAGAAGGAUACGUCCCUCUAGGCAAUUGACUCAAGAGGGCCUUGUUCCUUUAGUCGAGACUCAAGGUCUACUCAAGGAUUCUCCGCAUUGUGAAUGAAAGUGAAACAAGUUGGAAAUCAUCAAUCGUUAGUCUGGCUAGUGGCUAGGGGGAAUCAUACCUAAGUGAGUUCCCAACCUGUAAUUAGAUUAACUUUAACUGUAGUUUGCUAGAGUAGUUUUAGUUCUUUCAUCUUAAUCUGAUUUGCUAAAUAAUAAACUGAAGCUGAGUAA